AUGGAAAAUCAGACAUGGGUCCUAGACUUCAUUCUUCUGGGAUUUCCACUCAGCCCAAGGAUGCAGGGGCUCCUCUUUGGGCUCUUCUCCCUGUUCUACGCCUUUGCUGUAGUGGGGAAUGGGCUCAUCCUAGGACUCAUCUGCUUGUGCUCUAGACUGCACACCCCCAUGUACUUCUUCCUUGCACAUUUGGCCAUCGUUGACAUUUCAUAUGCUUCCAACAACGUCCCAAAGAUGCUGGGAAAUCUUCUCAACAAGACAAAAACAAUCUCCUUUGGCCCAUGCAUAACACAAACCUUUUUGUACAUGGCUUUUGCUCACACUGAGUGUCUCAUCCUGGUGAUGAUGCCCUAUGAUAGAUAUGUGGCCAUCUGCCACCCUCUGCAAUACUCUGUCAUCAUGAGCUGGAUAGUAUGCACCGUCCUGGCCAUUGCUUCCUGGACUUGUGGCUCCCUCCUGGCCCUGGUACAUGUGGUUCUCAUCCUGAGGCUGCCCUUCUGUGGCCCUCAUGAAAUCAACCACUUCUUCUGUGAAAUCCUGUCUGUCCUCAAACUGGCCUGUGCUGACACCAGGCUCAACCAAAUAGUUAUCUUUGCAGCUUCUGUGUUCAUCUUAGUGGGGCCCCUGUGCCUGGUGCUGAUCUCCUACACCCAAAUCCUGAUGGCCAUCCUGAGGAUCCAGUCAGGGGAGGGCCGCAGAAAGGCCUUCUCCACCUGCUCCUCCCACCUCUGCGUGGUGGGGCUCUUCUUUGGUAGCGCCAUUGUCAUGUACAUGGCCCCCCAGUCCCGCCAUCCUGAGGAGCAGCAGAAGAUCCUGUCCCUGUUUUACAGCCUUUUCAACCCCAUGCUGAACCCCCUGAUCUACAGCCUGAGGAACUCAGAGGUGAAGGGUGCCCUGAGGAGGGCGCUGUGGAAAUAA